ACAGUUCUGCCUUUUGCAGACUGAGAAACCAAUGAAAAAUCGAAGUAGAUUUGGCUAAAUAUGAACUUUAAUUAUAAAAUUAAUAUUUUUUAUAAUGAUAAACAAAUAUGAGCAUUAAUUAUGUGGAUUCGAUUGAUAGUUAUUAUCUUGCUGGGUGUGGCGUACGGCAAGCAAGCAAAAAAUACCUCUCCAAAAAGUCAUAUUAAUGUGUCUCGAUUACAUCAGCCUUCUAAAAGAGGUACGAUUGUUACGAAAAAUAAUAACGAAUACACUGGUACAAAACCAAUUCGGAGACAAGAAGUUAUACACGUGUUAAACGAGAAAAAUGUGGAAAAUGAUGACGAUAUUGAAUCUUAUGGUAAAGUAAUAGACUCCAACAACGAUGAAGUAACAAACAAAGAAAGCAACACGAAAGCAAAAAGUUAUGUUCCGGAAGGUAAAACCAAUUCAGUAUCACAUACUCGAGAGUUAAUUGCUAAAAUAAAAGAGAUUCAAGACAAACUUUUUAAAAGAACUAAUGCCAAAGAACUAGCAGAUGAGUUGGCGCAAAUGUCUCCUGAUUCUUCUUCGCCAUUAAAUAAAAAAAAAGAUUUAGACGAUCGUUCUAACGAAAGUGUUGCGAAUAAUAAACUUGAUCAAGACUUCUUUCAGUCCGAAAUAAAAUCGUUGGAUGAAGUCAUAAAAAAUAUUUCAGCUAAAAGACUGUUAAAACAAUACGAAACUAAAAAGACAAUAAAAGAUAACGCUAAUUCUAGUAGUCCAAUAACAAGCAUCGGAGACGGUUCUAAAGGUCCCGUGAGAAGAAAAAUAAUUCCUGAAGAGGUUGUUGAUAAAAUAUUAGAAAAAUUUCAGCAACUAAGAUCAGAAGCGAAACACAUGGCGCUAUUGGAAGCACAGAAUAAGAACUUAAAUGAGGAUAAGAAUAGCGCUCAAACUCAAGAAACACAAGCUUCAAAUCCAUAUGCUAGUAUUGGACCUGCAAAGGAAAACCUUGAACUAAAAAAUCGAACAGGUGGUGCAGUGAAAUCGAUAGGAAUUAAUUUAAAACCGGAUUCGUUACCAAUAGCUUAUACAAACCCAUCUUCUAUAUCUCUAAACAAUCAAGUUGGAUCGGUGCAGAUACCUAUUGAAAAUAGUGCUUCAGAAGCUGCUAAAGACCUUGGAAGUAUAAAAGAAAUACCAGGUGUUCCAUUAAUGUUCAUAAAAAACGGAGAAGCAUUAGUUCCAGUAUAUGGAAGUAAUUCUCAUCCAAAAAUUUCAUACACAGACACAGGUAUGGCAGAAUUAAAGGCAAAUCCAUCUGUAGGUUUACCUAGUUUACCGGUUAAUAUAGUUCCUCUGGCAAGUUCUCGGCAACAAUCGUCUGCGUUUACAGAGCUUAAUCCGAUGGAUCAGUUUCUUACGACGCAAUCUGUGCAACAGUCAGUCCUCAAACAGCCGUAUAUAAACAAUUUUAUGCCCGCUCAUUUAAGUCAAGCACCACCCAGUUUACGCUGUGAAAUAGCAGGAAUUAGUUGUCCAACACCUACAAUUGCUCAACUUUUUCAACAAGCAUCAAGCCUUCGUGAACAGCUGCAACAAGAACAAAUGGAAAACAUGCAUCAAUUAAGUAAAAACUAUAUGGCUUUGCCAUCACCACAGCAGUUGCAGCAAGAACAAUACAUUCGUCAAUAUAACCAGCGCCAGCAAAAAAUUCAAGAGUUGCAAUUAUUAAAGCAAGAACAAGAGCGAUUGCAAGCACAGCAACAACAACUGGCUUCUGGUUUGUCAAAUUUUGAACAAAAUAACUUUGAAAACAAUAACAGAAAUUUGCAUAUUCCUGAGAAUAUUGACAUGACUCAUAAUAAUUUCCCACAUUUUAUAAAAGAUAAAUUACCGCAAAUACAACUGCAACAAGAACACCAGGAAGAGGCUGGAAACUAUCCUAUAAAUAACUUAUUUGGAAGCAACUCUCCAUCUAUGCAAACCGAGCCAUCAACUAUUUCUCUAAUCAAUGAUAUUUUAAAAACGCCAGACAUUCCUCGCUUAACCACACAAGUUAUGGAUGAAAACUCUCCUUAUCACUAUAGAGCCAAUCAGAAUGAUCAAACAAAUACAAGAGGUUUUAAUGAUUUUACAAGUAAUUUUGCUAAUUCAAAUAGUGGCGCAAUUCAAAGCAUGCGCACUGGAGAUAUUCAAUUCAAUCUAAAACAGAAUCUCGCAAAAUCAAAUUAUCCAGGAGAAUCUUCUAUGAUUGAAAAUACGCAAAAUUUUAUGCAUGAUCCCUCAAGUGUUUCACAAAUACAAAACUAUCCAACAAAUCCUGUUCUUCCUCUAAGAAGAAAUCCGUUUCCAGAGCAUGAUGAUAUCGAGGAUCAAGACAACUUUCACGAUAAGAAUGCUGUUUUGAAUAAUAUAUCUGACCCACCAACCGAGCAAUCUGAAGAAGAAGAAAGUCGUUUUCGUAACCAAAAUCCAGAUGAACUUUUAAAUUAUGCAAAUAUGAGAUCAAUGGAACGUAGUUUUCAUCCAGAUAAUCGUCCAACUGCAUCGAUAGAUUCUUUAAAUAGAGAUGAAAACCGCAUAUCAAAUAUUCAACAAGGCUCUGAAAGAGCAUUGAUGAGGAUAGGAAACGCAGUUGAUCCCUCUACAUUACUAGACAAAAUUCAAGGUACGGAACUUAAAGGAGGUCUUUUGGGCGCUGGUGAUCCUAACUGGUUCAGCCCAACUUUUAAAAAUAAUGAAGAUAAAGAAUCUAUAUUAGAUAGUUCACCGGAUGAUUUAUUAGAAUCUCUUCGAAAGCAAAACGAUAAAAUCUUUGAAAAAAAUGGACAGGAUAUGGCGUUAGAAUUCAGAAAAAGUCACCUUCAAACUGAAUUUGGUAGAUCUAGAGCAGAUAUUCCGGAUGGUAUAGAUCCAAGUUUUGCUGAUGAAAUUCAGCCUAUUCCUGCUAGAUUCGAUGUUAGGUCUAAAGAAAGGUAUUUACAAAGUCAUCCUAGUUUAUAUAAAAACAAUGUUUUUCGGAACGUUCAAUCAAAAAUAAACAAUCAACCAACUCAGUUUUCAGUGCUAUCUGGGGAUAUGGUUCAAUAUAAGCAUGGGCGCAUGUCUGUUGAUUCAUCAAACGUAAUAAACUCAUUUCUUUCAGAGUCGCCGCAAUAUAGAAAUAAAAUUCUUCGACCUACGCCUUCCUCUGUUAAAAAUGACUCUCUUAAAUAUUUUGUUAGAAAUACAAUAGCAAAAACUUUACCUGACGACUCUAUUAAACAUAGAUUCGACAAAAGCCUAUCAAAUGACACUGUUUUGGUUCAAAAAAACGAAAAUUAUGAAAAAAAAACAAUUAGUCAUAGAUCAAAAACAUUCAUACCUAGUGAUCAAUCAAUUCAAUUAUUACAUGAAACAGAUAAAAAAAAAUUUGUAAAUAUUAAAACAAAAUCUAAGUAUAACGUGACAGAAAAAAUAAAAAGAAAUAAAAUCAGUAUAGUCAAACUUCCCGUAUAAUACCGAUAUUGAUAAAUAAUUUUUGUAUCGUGGGAGUAUAACGGUAUGAUGGUUACUGACCAUGGCUCACGGUUCACGGUUCAUGAUUCUUAAUUCAGCUGAUACAACAAUACAGAUAUACGUAUAGUACCGUAAUCAGUAAUAUAAGUGCUUCGGUAUAGUAAAUAAUUGGAACAAAAUUUUUAUCAAGAAUUAAAGCAUUCGACGUACCAUGGAGUUUCGUGUACCACGAGGGUACAUAUGAUAUCACAUUUUGUGCAUACAUUUGAUACUGCAUUAGAAAAUUGUAAAGAAGUGAUUAAAAUUUUUUGUUGAUUUGAAGGACCGCUAGAAAUUUUGCUGAUGGCGGAUAUAAAUUGAACAAAUAUAAUGUUUAAAAAAUUAUUUGAUGUGGUCGUUUUGCAAUACGUGUUGUUUUUUUGUGAUUUUUCUGAAAAAUUGUAAAUAUAUGUGGAUUGUAUAUAUUA